CCUCCUCUCUCACCGAUGAUGGCAGGGCUUCCUCAUUCGCUCCCCGAUGCCUGAACAAUUAACAACUUUCUCUGGACGAUAACAAGUUCUCAAAUACUUUGCAUAACAGCACAUUUACGACUCUUUGACUCACGUUAGGGAAAUUGAGACAGAUUUACCAAUAACAAUUUUUAAAGUAAACAAUUUGUCAUCAUGUACAAACUGAGAGCAACCAAGCCAUUGUGGGAUGUUGCAACAAAGUCAUUUUCCACGUCGAAUGCGAACAAUACUAAAGUGACCGUGUUGGGAGCAUCGGGUGGAAUUGGUCAACCUUUGUCCCUUCUCCUCAAAACGAACCCGCUAAUACAGGAACUGGCCAUGUACGAUAUUUUGUAUUCACCGGGUGUAGCUGCUGACCUAAACCAUGUUGCAACGCCUUGCAAGGUCAAAGGUUAUGGUCCCGGUCAAAUAAGAGAUGCCUUGGAUGGGGCAGACAUUGUUCUCUGCGCUGCUGGGGUCCCUCGGAAGGCUGGACAGACCAGAGAAGAUCAGUUUAAUGUGAACUCGAGGAUCGUCAAGGACUUGGCAGUGUCAUGCAGUAUGAUGAACCCCAAUGCAAUUUAUGGCAUCGUCUCAAAUCCUAUCAACAGCACGGUGCCACUGUUUUCGGAAAUGUUUAAAAAGGCUGGAGUUUUGGAUGAAAACAAAAUAUUAGGAAUUACCACACUUGGACCUGUUCGUGUCAGCAGCUUUAUUUCUCAGGAGAAGGGUUGGGACCCUUCAAAGAUAUUUUGCCCAGUAAUCGGGGGUCACAGCGGGGUCACUAUCGUCCCAGUACUUAGUGCUUGCACACCCGCCCCCGACCUUUCUAUGGAUAAGCUCAAACUUAUUACGCUCAGAGUCAGGGAAGCCGGCGUCGAGAUCGUGGAAGCAAAGCAAGGUUCGGGAACAGUUACGUUGUCCAUUGCCUGGUCCGCAGCAAAGUUCGCCGAUUCUAUUUUAAGGGCGUUGAAGGGUGAAAAAGGCGUGAUUGAGUGCGCGUACGUCAAGAGCAAUGUGGCUUCGACUAGAUAUUUCUCAAAUCCAGUGGAGCUCGGGCCGAAGGGAAUCCACAAAAAUUUGGGCAUGCCGAAGCUAAAUGACUAUGAAAAAUCAUUACUGGAGGAGUGCUUACCGAUUUUGACUCAGCAUAUCAAACAAGGGGAAGCUUUUGCAGCUGCAAAAAUUUAAGACAUAAUGCUGUCAACAAUCCUGAAAAAAUCAAAGUGAGAUUAUUAUAUUUAGUUGCUUAUCAUAGCUAGAUAUCGAACAUGUUUCAUCACUGCUAUUGUUUAUGUAAUUGUACAUACAUUGUUUAUUAUACCCUAUACAUGCAUAAAUGACUGAUUUGUUGUUAAGUAUGUAACAUAUUUAUACGUAGAUACCUCAAUCCAGUCAUCAGUUUUAGUCUGAACAAGAAACGAUAUUCUAAAUAACCAAGUUGAGAAUAGUAUUCAGUUAUAAUAGUUAGUAGCGUACUUAGUACUACAUAAUCACUGUAGUUAUUAAUUUGAAUAUUUAUUUUUAUGAGGAUAUAUACGUGCCACACAACAUGAAACUGAAUAUUAUAUCAUUUACAUUACUCUCUUUAUUCAUAUGUAUCGUGCAAAAUGGUUUAUGACGCUUUAACAAAUUUCCCUCUACUAGUAGAAAUAAAGCAAUUUUUUUCAAAA